AUGCGAUUCAGACGCUACCGCGUCUUCCUUAUAUUCGCGGCUCUAAUUACGAUUCUCCUUGUUCGAUUGUCACACCGAAAAGACUGGCCGCAAUACCCUCAAUCCCAAAGCGUGGGAGGUUCGUCGGAUACUGCCCCAGCUAGACCAGACUCCUUUCCGAAAUGGACGCCGCCGGUAGAAGAGGAGCGGCUCAUAGGGCUUGAAAAGAGCAAACCCGAAGCGGAAGAGAAACCACAGCGUAAACCAGAAGUUGUGCUGCUCGAAACGACGCCAAAGAUGACACCCACUUCGAUCCCCAAUGUCAAAACAACGACAAAGUCCAGUGCCGCUGCUCAAGAGACAGUCCCGAAGUUUACCCUACCAAAUAGGCAAAGGCCGCCGCCAGGUGCAGAUGUAUAUAACACAGAUGUGGAUGACGUCCAUCCCGUGGCACCUCCUGGCAGGCAGGAAUUGCUGGAGUUACCAGCGGCUACGAGUGCGAUACACUGGUCCAAACAGCCGGAACAUUUCCCGGUUCCCACGGAAUCCAUAAUCAAACUCCCAACUGGCACGCCAGUUUCAAUUCCCAAAAUUCAAUAUGCUUUCCACGAGGAGACAUCGGAUAUGAAGCGGGAUCGGGAGCAGAGGCAGACAAUUGUGAAGCAAGAAUUCAAGAAAGCGUGGGGAGGGUACAAGAAGCAUGCUUGGCUUCACGAUGAAUUAUCACCAGUGUCGGGGAAGUUUCGUGAUCCAUUCUGCGGAUGGGCUGCAACUCUUGUCGAUACGUUGGAUACGCUAUGGAUCAUGGGCUUGGAGGAAGAAUUCGAAGAGGCGGCUAAGGCGGUGGAUUUGAUAGACUUCACUACAAGUCCCCGGAGCGAUAUCCCGAUGUUUGAGACGACUAUUCGGUAUUUGGGGGGUCUUCUUGCGGCUUACGAUGUCAGUAGUGGGAGAUACAAGAACUUGUUGGACAAGGCUGUUGAGCUGGCUGAUAUCCUGAUUGGGGCUUUUGACACCCCGAACCGUAUGCCAAUUUUAUACUACAGAUGGAGACCAGCUUUUGCAUCUCAGCCACAUCGUGCUAGUCAGAGAUCCAAUCUUGCUGAGCUGGGAUCACUGUCAAUGGAAUUUACAAGGUUGGCACAGUUGACCCAGGAUCAGCGUUAUUACGAUGCUGUAGCUAGGGUUACAAAUGCCCUUUCAGAAUGGCAGGAUCGGGGAACUGCACUAGGAAGUGUCUUUCCGGGCGCUGUGGAUGCGUCUGGUUGCAAUAGGACAGUUGAACUUACUAGUCAACAGCCUAUUGCAUCAUUUGUUCCAGCCAUGUCAAAAGACGAUGAAAAAGCUCUGGGAUAUCAGCCAGAUAGCCCUGGAACGGUCGCCGAGCCGAGGAAGAAAGGAAUCAAGGACUCUCCUUCGGGUCCAGGAUCCUUACAAGUUCAGAUCUUACCCGGUGAACUAAGCAAGGCUUACAUCAGCGAUUGGGAGGAUCCAAAGGACAAAGUUGAGACUAAGAAGACUACGAAGAGAGAUGUGGGAAGUGAGCCUGAUGCUGCGAGUGCUAAUGCUGAAGAGCCUCACACUCCUCCCACUCAAGUCAACCCAAUCAGCGAUUUGCCUUCACGCCCUAACAAUGGAGAAGUGAUGCAAAAUAUGGAAAUACAAGCAGAAACUGCUUCGGCCAGUUGGGAUUGCAAGCCGCAAGGAUUAGAGCCUUCCGAAAAUAAUGUAAAUCAGGCUUUGAAAUUUGGAAUGGGGGGCGGGCAGGAUUCAACUUACGAAUACUAUCCAAAGCAAUUCUUGUUACUCGGUGGUCUCGAGACUCAAUAUCGUAAGCUAUAUCUCAAGACCGUAGAAGAUAUCAAGAAAUGGAUGCUUUUUCGACCUAUGGUUCCAGGCAACCGUGACAUCUUGUUCGCCGGUACGGUUACUACGAGAGGAGACCCCGAAAAUGAUCUCCAGUUAGAACCUGAAGUGGCGCAUCUUACAUGCUUCAUUGGCGGUAUGAUUGGGAUGAGUGCGAAGAUAUUUGGCCUAGAAAGCGAUCUAGAACUCGCGAAGAAGCUUACCGAUGCAUGUGUAUGGGCCUAUGAAAGUACGCCUACCGGAAUCAUGCCAGAGACCGCCAUUGCUUUCCCUUGCGCAAGUUCUGAGGAUUGCAAGUGGAACGAGACGCUGUAUCACCAAGAGCUGGAUCCAAUCUGGAAUGAGAGAGACGGGAAUGUGGAAUCUUAUAAGAAGGCUAAACUGGAAUCUGAUGAGCAAUUGGCAGCAAAUGCGAAGGCUCUUGCUUCCAAGAAAGAGGCGCAAAGGCUCAAUGCCCAGAAGCAAGACGAAGAGGAGGAAUACGAUGUCGACACUCAUAAUGGCACGGCUGCUUUAGAAAAGGAUGGCACGGUGUCACUACAAAAACGGCAAUCUGAGAGCUCCCCAAAACUCGAAGUCCCUCAACCUAUUUCACACAAUUUCAAAGAUAGUUCUAUCAGAAAAAUACCCGCUCAAGACUCCAAGACCCCAAAGUCAAAACCGAAGGUUGCUCUAUCACCUGAGGCAGAGGAGUUUUAUCACCAAAAGGCAGCGUCGACAGCGGAUGAUCUGCUGACCGUUGCGACGGGUGGACAUAUGGACGAGCUGCCUUCCGUGGAACCAGUAGAGCCGCCUAUGCGCGAUCCGUCGAUGCCAUUUACACACAAGGAGUUUGUUGACAAUCGAAUCGCGCAAGAAGGACUCCCCCCCGGAUACACGUAUAUCAGAUCCAACAAGUACAUCCUAAGACCCGAAGCGAUCGAGUCAGUAUGGUAUAUGUACCGCAUAACAGGCGAGACAACAUGGCAAGACAAAGGCUGGAACAUGUUCGAAUCAAUCAUCAAUAGCACAUCCACCAAGUACGGCCACUCAGCCAUUCUCGAUGUCACGUCGCCUCGCAACGAGACAUACCAACUUGAUGAGAUGGAAAGUUUUUGGACCGCGGAAACGCUAAAGUAUUUUUACCUGUUGUAUUCGACGCCUGAUGUGAUCAGUUUAGAUGAAUGGGUAUUGAAUACUGAAGCGCAUCCGUUUAAGAGACCUUGA